GUUCACCUAGUUAGGUAUCUGAACAAAGGGCAACGAAACUAUAGUUCAGUGUGGUACCAACUUAGCUAUCUAUGCUACAGUUAGGACGUCUAAGUUUAGGAGUUUACCAGUCACCUUGGAGAAUAGGUCUUUUGCCUUUGGACGCUAAACUCAUAUAACGAUUCGUCAACCUCUUUUCUUUCCAGCGUUGGUCCAUCCAUCCCCUCUGCACCCCUGGAGCUGAUCCGCGGCGAAGAGUUCUACGAGAACGCCGAUGUUUACCUUCUCUCUGACCGGGACCUUCAUGUUCUACCUAUGGGCGGUCUGUGGGCGGGACCAACAGCAGGAGAGGGCUACCCCCAAGCGCUAUUGGUUGCUCUGUGCAACAUGUUCCUCCAGCAGGCGAAGGGGCGUGUCUCCAGCGUGCUCGCUCAGAAUCUGAGUAGGAAUAUCGAACCCAGCGACAUCCGAUUCCAGGAGAGAGUGACCACGGCUCGCCAGGUGUCUUCCCUUUCCUCCACACAAGCUUCCGUCAAAGCCCUAGAGGGGGCCAUUAACCGAAUUCUGGCUCAAAGCACAGCCGGGACCCGCAAGUUGAAAAUGGAUCUCACAGGUGUCGAGUUUGAAGACCGCGCUGACGGGCCUCUUGUGUCCUUCCAUUCUGGCGUCCUGAGAUGUCCAAUUUUGAAACGAGGCUCCCGAGUCAAUCAGAAUGACCUUGACCGUGCCUUCCUGGUGGCAGUGGAUGAGGAAAACAGCGGACAUCUUCUGAAGGGCCAGAAAUACGACCAGACUGAUGGAGAAAAAUCCCGUUCAGACUCUCCUGGGCUCGACGACAUGUUCAGUGUGACGUCAUCCGACCCUUGCACAAUUCAAAGAGGGGGUAUCUCGGUCCUGGAUAAACUGAGGAUACCCAAGCACCACUCUGAUGAUUCUCAUGUGAUUGAAAGGGCGGUGAAAAGACUCUUCUCUGGCGUAGAGAUCGGUCGUACGUCAGACAUUGUGGAUUCCCUAGACAUUGGCGCAGACGUCAACUGUUUGAAUGAGAACGGCGAAACGCCCCUAAUAGUGGCGGCCAAAUCCCGGAAAUACACCAUCAUAGACCUUCUCUUGACUCGAGGAGCUUCACCCCAUAUGGCUGACGUGCCUAUUCGGACCGGGGCUGUCCAGUCAAGAACUCCUGAUGUCGGAUGUGUACGAGUUCCGGAUAUCCGGAGCGUACGUGGAAGAACCGCUUAUGUUGCAGGUACCGGUUUAUUCGCGGGUGGAAAACCACGAGGACGUGUUUGUGAAGACAGACCAGGGAACCUACAGCUCAGCUUUACGAGUGGCUCGUUUGCCGCCUCCAAGCAAGGUCAUGGCCUUCUCCACGUGCUGAUGAGCAAGGAGGCGGAGUCUACGUCGGAGGGCGGAGCUAACCAGUGGGAGGAGCUACUCAGGAAUCCGGAUUACGCCAAAGAUGUUGUGAAGCUGAGGGUCUCACAUUUUGGCAGGUUGUGUUUGCUGGAAACCAACCCCCAGUACCAUGUCCGGGAGAUGAUCAACUCUAGUCAGGCUGCGAUCCAGAUGGUGACCUCUCUAUACAGCAAGACAAGUCGGCGGGAAUACAGUGCAUGCUUCCUGGCCAUGGCCAAACCCCGGGCGGGAUCCCGCGCAAAGACAGACGCCGACGUGGUGGUGGAGUGUUUCAUCAGUAGUAGACUGCACGCCAGGAUCCAG